AUGUCCCUUUCUCUUUGCCCGAACAUCAAGAGCAAGACUCAGUCAUGCGCCGAAUGCCGACGCCGCCGGAUCCGCUGUGAUGGGCAAGUUGUGCCAUGUAGCCAAUGUGUCUACUACCAAGUCCCAGAGCUCUGCCACUACCCGGCGCGCAAGACGCGCAAAGCACCAUCACUUACGCUCAGCAGAGAGUAUGCCGAUGUGUCCAAUGCAUACGAAAGAGGACGAGGCAUUCUCAACAGGCUCUUCCCGAAACACUCCCUGGAAGACCUCGAACAUCUCUCGUGCGACCAACUGCUCGCUCUGCUUCCCGAUGCAUCUCUCCAGGUGCCUUCUUCAUCCUCCCCUUCCCCUUCCCCUGCGCAGCCAUCAACACAGCUUGCUGCGGCACGCUGCGUGGCGGGCGCUUGCGACUCCCCAACUGCCACCAUCCUAGAUCUAGAGCCGUCCCCGGAUCAGGAUUUCGAGUGGAAUGAGACCGAAGACGACCACAUUCAUCGACAGUUUUCCGAAGAUGACGUCAAUGGCCUCUCUGUUCUGUUUGAGACGGGCAAGCAUUCCUACCUCGGCAUCUCUUCUGUUCCAACCAUCAUGCGUGUCAUGGUUCACAGCUCGUCUCAGCUUCGAAAGGCGAUCCAAAAGAGACGAGAGAUGCAGUCUCUGCGGCCUCGUCCAUACCGGGCUGCGACUCCUAAAGAGAUGGACCGCUGCGUCCAGCCGAUCAUCAACGACGAGGCAUCUUUGGUAGACGCCUACUUUCGGACUGUACACGGCAUCACCCCGAUGAUAGACGAGCUGGGAUUCCGGCAGUGCCGGGCGCAGGGCGGUGGGCUCGGCCGGUCUCGCGGGCCGUGGCUCGCCCUCUACAACAUGGUGCUCGCGCUCGGCUACAUUGCCGCCAACGACGACAGCCAGCCGGGGCAUGGCAUCUAUUUUGCCCGCGCUUCUAAGCAUCUCGAUAUGAGCUGCUUUGCUUCUGGCCACAUCUACACCCUUCAAGCUCUAGCUCUAUAUAGUGGCUACUACCUGCACUACCUGAACCGGCCAAACAUGGCCAGCGCCGUCAUGGGUGCCGCUCAUCGCAUGGCCGUCGCUAUGGGACUGCAUCAAGUCCCCCCUUAUAUCAAGGCCCCAUCAAGCCCUGGCAGCAACGCAGAUGUGCGGGCCAGAACGUGGUGGUCACUCUUCUGCCUUGAUGUAUGGGCGGGCACCACUCUGGGACGACCUAUAGGAGGUAUAUGGGAUGUUGAGAGCAUGGCUUCGUCACCUAUGCACCUAAGAGUUGAUCUUGAUUACCAGUCCAUCUCGAUACGGACCAGCGCCUCAUUCUGCAGGAUAGCUGCCCGCAUACAGGAUCGCAUGGCCCGGCUCCCAUUGAUGCUCCCUAACGAGCUGAAACAGUUUGACCAAGAGCUUCUAGCAUGGCACGCUGACGUACAUCCAAUCUUUCGAGACCCGAAGCAUAGCCCACAGCCUAUCCGCCUCGCAUCCCUCACUCUUCAAUACCGGUACCUGGACCAGCGCAUGACACUGUAUCGACCCUAUUUGCUCCUCCAGUCCCUCGGCGCGAGUAGUCCCAGCGAGCGCUCACCCCGCGACGACACCACGGCCAUUGCCGACACAUGUGUUACGAUCGCUCGUGAGACGAUAGAGCUCAUCAAGGGCAACUGGUACCCUAAUCAACUGGUGGCGUGGAAUUCGAGCUGGUUCCUAUUCCAGGCAGUUCUCGUUGUCUUACUUAGACUAAACUCGGCGACAGCUGAGACCGACGUCCAGUCUCUUGAGCUUGACAUUGUAGAAUCGCUUAGACUAUUCAACGAGAUGUGUAGGUGGAGGGGUCCCGCAGCGCACACCCACGAUCUAAUACAGUUUAUAUACGAGUCGAGGGCCCUCGAGGAACAUGAUAUGGGGGUUGAGGAGCUGCUUUCGGAUGAAGCUCUGAUGAUUUUGCUGGGGUUUGAGCCGAAUAGUGAGCUGACCUGGGCUGGUUUAUUUGAUGCCGAGCAAGGGAGCAAUGAGUUGAGCAUGAUUAGCUUCGGCUUGUAA